AUGGCCAUCAAGUCAAUACGGAAAGCAAUAAACGUCAGUCAGACACUAACAUGGAGCACCGCCUUGCGUUUCUUCAUAGGCCUUGCCCUGUACAGCUCUACUAGCUCUGCACUGCAGCUACAACCACACAAUCCAUUACAAGGACUGUCUCUGGCUGGCACACAAUCUCUGUUCCCACUUAAAGGAUUUACGAAAAACACUGGAAGCAAUUUUACGGAGUUUGCUCUUGCCGAGCGGAGCAGCCGCGUCAAACGUGAUAUGUUUUACUUCCCUCUUGGGUCGUCCCUUACUUUUCAGUUCAAGCUCGUCACUCCUGUCUACUCGGAUACUUCUACGUCCCUAACGACGGACCUCCGUCUGGAGGUGAAGUUCAAGUUACCUAACCGAGCAACGAACGGCAGGCGCAAGCGUCGCAGUAUUGCUGAAGACAGAUCAGCGCUGUACCGCUCCAUCAUCGCUCUUGUCGACGAAACCGGACUGCAGGGACGAGCGUGCCUGCAGAGGGCGGUGUGUGAGGCAGCGCAAGGACCUCUCAUUGAGAACGGAUUGCUGGGCGAGAUCCUGACGCUGCUCCUCACUCCAAGCCACUCGCCCGGAGCGCCAGCUGCUGACAUGUACGACUCGUCCUUCCACGAAAGUUCAGCGAGAAAUGAAAUAAUGGACAUGCAGGAAGGAAGCACAAUCAUUUCUCUUGAGAGGUCGCAGACAAAAAAGAAACUAUGGGAGAAGCUUAAGAGGACCAAGCUCUCCAAAGUCGGAGACAGAUACAAUAGAACUAUAAGCAGACGCCAUAUACCAGACAUCCCUGUAAAUUCUGCAGGCGGAUUCGACUUGUGGGAAUUCGUCCAAGCUGAAUCCUAUGGUCGCGACGACGCGAGAUGCUGGCUAUUGUAUCCUAACUGCCCCGUGUCUAUAAGAGAGAUUCUUUUCGAUGCGCUGUCUACCUUGUCUAAGAACAAUCACCUUUUGGUUCACGACGAAUUGUAGUGGUAAAUGGUGCCGUUCGUCUAAUUAGUUUCAAUAUUAUAUCUAAAUAUAUAUUUAAUAUCUAUAUUAAUACCCUGAACGUUCAAUUAUGCAUGAAAUGAUGUAAUUCAAACGAGAUGAGGGGGUAAUAACUUGCUGUCAAUGUCAUUAUGUACGGCCAGUAUAAAAUUUAUUUUUAAUAUAGGGAACAGUAGUUAACGUUCCCCAUGCUCUCAUACGAAAAACAGCGUUUGAUACGUCAUUUACAACUUUUAUACUGAAAAAAAGAACAUAAAAAUAUUUGAAAAG